GUUUUCCAAUGUCAGUGAGAAAUAUCAUCCGAUCGAGUUGUAAUUAUAAACUAUACUCUUUUAAUAGUCUCUUAAUUUGAAAUAACACAAAUACUAUUAAAUUGUAUUUUUAUUAACUAAUCGAUUUUAAUCGUUUUUUCGUAAUAUUUGAUUCAUAUUUAUUUCCAUCAUUUCACUUGUCAACAGAAACCGGCUGAUUUCGUAGUUCCUAUAGUAAUAGUCCACGUGAGCUAGGUUAUAAAGAAAAUUCUAGUUCAGACGCAGUUUGUUUAUUUUGGUUGUUGCGCUUCUACGUUUGUAUCUUAUCAAUUAUCAUUAUUAUCAGAAAAUUGCACAAUUAAUUAAUAUUAUGUCAGAUACUUUCGAACGUUUGCAAGAGUUGAAUUUAACUCGUGACGAGGUAAAUCGUAUCGGAGAAGCAUUAAAGAAACCGGAGUUCAGAAAGUUACUAAGUGAUUACGUGGAAGAAAUUCAAGAUCCUAAAAAUAAAGAACUUUACGAAAAGGAAAUUACAGAGUUAGAAAAAGAAAGAGGAAACGAUAUAACUUUUAUUCAUCCAAAACCUUGUUACGUUAUCAAGACAAGUGUUGACGGAAACAGAAAAGGGUUUGUUAACGUUUGCAGCAACGAAUUAGUCGGAAAACCGUCUUCUACACCAACAGUUAAAGGAGGAGAAAAGGGUUUGACGUGGUCAUUACCUCAUUCUUUGUCACCUCCAAGAGAGGACGUCGAUAAUAAAAGGCAGCGGUGCCAGGUAUUUGAUGUGAUUUUUCAUCCGGAUACACUCCAUUUGGCAAAUAAAAAUAAACCUUUCAGAGAUAUGGUGAACAAAACGGCGCUGGAAGCUGUUGAAAACAAUUUCAAUGUAAUUCUAGACAAGAAAAAUUUGAAAUUUCCAAAAUUAUCUUACAAAGGCAUAAUUCAUUCUAGUGUCAUAAGAAAACCCUCAGAAAAUAUACCGGAACAUUCUCCAGAAGAAAGAGAAAUAUUGAACAAAUUAUUUGCCGAAGCUGACAAAAAUCAACCUGCACCUAAGAAACAUAAAAAGCCAAGGAAAACCAGUACCGAUGAUGAAAAAUCCGAGUAUACUAUUCCAAAGUAUUUCAUCAAACACAGAAGUCAUGUGGAAAUGGAGGAUUUUACAGAACACAAGGGAGCGAAAUUGAAUGCCGCUAUUCCAAAAGAACUUGUCGUUGAUAUAAUGUUGCCUUUGUUAAAAUCAUCAGCAGAUAUUACACUAGAUGUUACUGAAAAAACUGUACAACUCGUUAGUGAAAAUCCUGCAAAGUACAAACUAAACUUAACUCUGCCUUAUCGUGUUAAUGAUUCUAUGGGCAGUGCUAAAUUUGAUAAAGAUAAAAAAAAAUUAGUCAUUACACUACCCGUAAAACGUAAUUCGUCCGCAAUUAUCGAUUUUAGCGAUAGUGGAGUUGAAAGUGAUCAGUGUUCCCGUGAAACUCCCGAAUCCGAAGAAGAUAUAGCCGAUAAACAUUCGAUUGAAAACAAUGAACCGGUUAGUGAGGUGUAUCUAGAGAAAUCUGUCGAUUUCCGGACUAAGUUUUUGGACGAAAGUUUACAUUAUAAUUUACCCGAAUUUACUUGUCACCUAUUCGAAAAUAGUAUUGCAUUUACUUUGAACGUUAAAAACGUCGACGACAAAUCCGUCGAUAAAAUAUUACUCGAAGGAGGCUCGUGUGUUCACAUUAAAUUUACAAGUAUAGGUUCCAGUUUCUAUCCGUCUCAUUAUUCUUUCUACGUGAAAUUUUCCUCAGAGAAGAUCGAUGAAGAACAAACAUCUAUUGAAGUAUGGGACAAUAACGUUAUAUUACAGCUAUCACUUAUUUGUGAUAAACCUAUCAUGUCCUAUUUCUAUGGAUCCAGUGAAAAUGACCUCUUGGAAAAAUAUGUAGAAGAACCCGCUGUUAUUAAUCAGAUCCUUGAAGAUAUUAAAGAAGAGAAAUCGUCCGAAGAUUUAAUCCAAAUUAAAGAACAGGGAAGGGAUAAAUCAGAAGUUGGUGUUAUUGAUUCUUCAACUCGGGGAAAACAUGAACAAGAUCAAAAUGAUGGUAUUUUAAAUGGGAAACAAUCCAAAGCUAUCGACAUUGUUGGUACGUCUUAUGAAUCGAGUGGUGAUGAAUUGAGCUGCAGUAGCUUUAGUCCAUCUAAAAAUAAGGGUAUAUUAAAAAGGAUAUCGUCCAAUCGAUUUUCAGUCGGUCGUAGUAUAUCUGAAUCGAGUUUAGAUAAUUAUGCAUUUUCUUCUUAUGAAAAUUGUUACACCAGCCUAGAUUCUGUUAUACCCGAAGAUGGUCAAGUAUCUUCUUCCGAAAAGAAAACUGUCAGGUUCAAUGAUGUCGUUAUGAGUCAAUUAUUUAGGUCAAAUUCCAGUAUUUUAGGUCAGAAAAAGAAGAAUCAGAGGAAAGCUAGAAAUAAAAAGCGGGCAAUGGAACGUCGUCAUAGCGAAAGCGAAGCAUCAGGUGAUGAGAAAAAAGAAGGAGAUUUAAAGGACUGCGAUUUCAAAAAGGACAAUUUUAAAAAAUACGAUAAUAUUUUUCAUUUGGAAGUCGAUAAUUGAAAUUUUUUCUUAUUAUUGAUCGUUUUAAGAAUUUGUACAUGCAGCAAUAAUGACGACUUGUGGCUGGUAUUUUUUUUACAUGAAUUAAAUGUUUCAUCCUAUAUAUAUAUUUUGCUUUUGUUCGUUUUGGAUUUGGAUUCGUGGAAAGUACAAAAAAAAUUACAAAAAAAAAUAAUUGCAUGUUAUUCAUAUUUAUAUAUUAUGUUAAAUUGAUGUUACUCACUGAUUUCAUUGAAUAUUCCAAUUUUAUACAUUUAGAUCAUCAGUAAAAGUGUUGAAAUGUU